AUGUCAAUUUCUAAUAAUACUGAAAUACAAAUUUUCAAUAAUUCAUUUGAAUGGAUUAAAGAAGCUAUUUCUAAAAAACAUAUAAAAUAUUACGAUUAUAAAGAUUUUUAUAAUAUUGAAAAAAUUGAUAAUAAAAAAAUUGAUGAUCAUAACUUUGGAAAAGUUUAUCGUACAAAUUUGAAAAAUUCUGAACAAUAUUUUGCGUUAAAAUCAUUCAACUUUGAUAACGCCGUCAUUGUAAAAGAAAUCAUUCAUGAGAUUAAACUUCAUCGUAAAAUAAAUUUUCAUAAUAAUAUUAUUCAAAUUUUUGGAUUGACAGCCAAAGAAAAUCGAAACGGUAAUUUGAAGAAAUAUUUAUUAGUUAUGGAAUAUGCUGAUGCAAAUUCCUUACAAAAUUAUUUAAAAGAAAAUUUUAAGAAACUCACAUGGGAAGAUAAAUACAAAUUAUCAUAUCAAUUAAUCUGUGGGAUAUCAUACUUGCAUGAUGAAGAAAUUAUUCAUCGUAAUUUGCACUCUAACAAUGUUUUGAUCAAUAAAAAUACUAUCAAAUUGGCCGACUUUGGAUUAUCGAAAAGAAUCAAGGAAGCUUCUGAACGAGAUCUGGAUUUAUUUGACACAGUCCCUUAUGUUGACCCCAAAAAAUUUGUCAGUAACAAGUCAUACUUACUAAAUAAAAAGAGUGACGUAUACAGUAUUGGAGUGAUUUUGUGGGAGAUAUCAAGUGGUCAACCGCCAUUUAAAGAUCAACUUUAUGAUUCUAGUUUAGUUAUGCAAAUUUCGAAAGGUUAUAGAGAAGCAAUUGUUUCAGAUACCCCUUCAAAUUAUUCAAGUCUUUACAUUGAAUGCUGGAAUGGUGAACCAGACAAUAGGCCAACUAUGAGUCAAGUUGUUGCUAAAAUAAAAGCAAUUGUCACAAAUUCAAGUAUAAUAACAGGAGAUUAUCAAACAUUUGAUCUCACAUUAAACCCUUCGUUAAUAAAAAAUAAGCAACAGUUUAAUAUUGACCUAUCAACUGCUGAUGAUUUAUCUCACGAAGUAAAUUUUAACAGAAUAAGUAUAAGGGAAGUUGAACCUACAAUUCAAAAUAUUAACGAAAAUAUAUAUGAAGAGGAUUUAAGUAUUGUAGUGAAUGAAUUAGUUAAUCUUUAUUUUAAGGAGGUAAAUGAAGGAAUAGAAGAAAGAGUAAGAAAGAAACAUAUUCUUGAUUAUAUUAAUAAUCUCAAGAUUAAUUUACAAGAAAUUUAUAAUUGGCUUUUAAAUAAUCAAAAUGAUUCAAAUUUUAUUCAAUUACUUGGUUAUUUUAAUUAUUAUGGAAUUGUAAUUAGUGCUGAUGUACAAAAAGCAUUUAAAUUAUAUCAAAAAGCGGCAGAAUUAGAAAAUAUUGUAGCACAAUUUGAACUUGCUAAUAUGUAUAUGGACGGGGAAGGUACUGAUAAAGAUUAUGAAAAAGCUUUUAAAUUAUCUAAAAAAUUAGCGGAUAAAGAAUAUUCAAGUGGAAUAAAUUUGUUAGGAUAUUGUCAUGAUAUUGGAAUUGGAACUGAUGUUGAUAAGUUAAAGGCAUUUGAAUUAUAUUUAAAAGCAGCAAAUUUAGAUAAUAGUAUAGCGCAACAUAAUAUUGGUCAUAUGUAUAAAGAUGGAGAAGGUAUUGAACAAGAUUAUAAUAAAUCUAUUGAAUUUUUUAAAAAAUCAGCUGAAAAGGGAUAUUCAGAUGGAAUGACUAUGUUAGGAUUUUGUUAUAAUAAUGGAAUUGGAACCGAUCCUGAUAAGAAAAUGGCAUUUAAAUUAUAUGAAAAAGCAGCAAAUUUAGAGAAUAGUGUAGCUCAAUUUAAUAUUGCUUUAAUGUAUGAAUAUGGUAAUGAAAUAGAAAAAGAUAUAAAUCAGGCAAUUUAUUGGUAUAAAAAAUCUGCUAAACAAGGUUACCAAAAUGCUCAAAAUAAGUUAAAAAAGCUUAAUAAAAAUAUCCAAGAAAUUUAGCAUUUAUUAAUUUAUUUAUCUGAAUAGCCAAUAAUCAUUUUUAAAUGUUACUAUUAACAUAGUUUAACAAAAGAAUAUCAAGUCGUAUGGUAAAAUUUACUUGAAGAUUUUUUUUUGUAUUAAAC